UUUUAUUCUCCUUUUUCGGCGCUUCCUUUUUCCUCUUGCGUUUCUCGUUGCGACCAGCGUCUCCCUCCCUCGCCGCGCGAUUGAUUCUUGGAUGCACCAUUCGCGGCGGUGACGCCGUCCGCCAAGAGUCGUGACUUGAUUGUUCUCCCGUAUCCGACCGGCCGACCGAUUGCCCCGACGAAUACGAUACGACUCGAAGCAAACGCACGCAAUUCCUCGUCCUUUCAACAAAUCAACCUAGAGAAAAGAGAGACCUCUUUUCCCUCCGACGGAAGCCCAUCAUGGGGUUAUCUUCCUCCCCCUCGUCAGCCUUUACAGGCGUCGUCAUCGGCCUCGUGUCAUCAUUUGGCUCCAUCGUCCUUAUCGCCCUCGUCAUCUUCAUCUUCUGGGUUUCGGGCUGCGCAAGCACUGGUCGUAUCAUACUCGAUCGCCUCGGUCGACCCGGCGAGUAUGAUGAUGAGCAAGCAUUCGCGCGUGAUGAGGCUGAGGCCCUCGAGGUCAUGGAUGACAUGGCUCGCCAGGAGUAUCUACGAGCAAAGGCCUGGGUUACUGCCAACACUCCAGAGUCUGCGCAGACAGACAUCUCGUUAUCGCAAUAUCUCGCCAUCCAGGAAAAGGGCGUCUCCGCCUGGGAGUUUGAGCCUGAGCUCGAGAUCGCCAACUGCUUUGUCGAAGCCCGCACUGAGAUUGAGUUUUUUGAUUCGGAAUGCACCGUCAUGAGCAAUCUCCCCGUCCCAAAGCAAAACGACGUCUACUACUGGGAGGCCAAGAUAUACGAGAAGCCCGAGACCACCCUCCUCAGCAUCGGCAUGGCCACCAAGCCUUAUCCUCUCUUCCGGUUACCUGGAUACCACAAGUACUCGGUUGGGUACCAGUCUACCGGAACCCGUCGCUACAACCAGCCCUUUGGCGCGACUCCCUACGGUCCCCAGCUGGUGCAGGGCGACGUCGUCGGUGUGGGCUACCGCCCUCGAACAGGUGCCAUUUUCUUUACUCGCAACGGCAAGAAGCUCGAGGAGGUGGUUCACGGUCUCAAGUCGCAGAACUUCUUCCCCGCUAUUGGCGCCAACGGUCCUGCUAUGAUCCACGUCAACUUUGGUCAGGCCGGUUUCGUCUUUAUCGAGGCCAAUGUCAAGAAAUGGGGUCUGGCUCCCGCCACCGGUAGCCUCGCGCCGCCGCCGCCGUACGGAUCUGAGCAGGGUAGUAUUCUGUUGGAAACGGGCACCGACAGCGGCGCCACAUAUCCUCAAGGUCGACAACAUAGCCACUCGGUCACAGCAUGCUCCUAUAACACACGCCCUCCUACAAGCAACCUGAACCCCCAGCACGGGAGAACACGAAGUGGCAACUUCCGCGUUCUUCCCCCGACGAGCCCCGGACCAGGCAGGAGUUCAACCGAUAUCUCACUGGCGCACUUUGUACCCAACGAAGAGAACGGCGAAGGCAGCAACCCCGGACCUCAGCACGAGACCCACGAUCACAACCCCCUCCACCUACAUCUUGAAGACGCAACGAACCCCCCACCCGAAUAUCAGAGCCCCGACCAUUCCGGCAGUGAAGACGGUCGCCGAUAUAGCACAGACAGUGAGGAGAACACUCCUUUGAUCCGAGUUAUGAAUCGAAGCAGGGGCAACUCUGCUGCCACUGUGAUUCCCCCACGACAAUAUACCAACGAUCGAAACCCGCCAGUUCCGAGCUACAGCGAUGCCUUACGACAAGGUGCUGGCCGUGACAGAAGCGAUAGUGCGCGGUUACCCCAGCGAGAUCGACCGUCAUCCAAUAGGCCUCGAAGCACCGUAGCAACAUUGAAGAUGAAACGAUGAUGCCCGGGAAGAGAGAGAUUGGCAUCAACGACCAUGACACCGGAGUUGACAGGAACAAAUCACCAUACACGAUCCAUUUCAAUCCUUUUUUUUUGCAGAGGCGCCUGGGAGUUUUUAGCAUCGGUGAACACACGGCAUGGGAGAGUCUUCCAUAGCCGUUUAAACGCCCUUUUUCUUUUUUUUUGUAUUUUGUUAGACGGAGGAAACUUGGUCCCGUCUUGGGAAGCUCGGCUGGAUACGAACAAACACUUAUUUGGGCCUGAACGGGAAUAGUGAUACCAACAAACAACAACAACCUGACGGACUUGCGCGCGCUCAUUUUUUUCUUGUCACGGUUUCUGCUUUUUUUUUUUUUUGCGCCGCCCUCUUGUCUCAUUUUCCCCCUUCGGUUUCUAACUAUAGGACCGCUUCAAGGGGAUGGCUAGGUGUCUGGAUGAGGAGUUGUUUCGCUGCUGGCUUUCUGGUGGUGGUGUUGGUUCUGACGCCUUGGAUGUGGUGCGUUUGUGUACCAACAGAAGGAAAGAGACGGAGUUGAUGGGGUCUGAAUUAGCCACGGCUUGAAUACAAACUCACCUAUCCUACCGC